AUGCAAAUCCUACGAGUCUUGACGACGAUGGUUUCUCAUGUUUCUAACAUGUCUAUGCUUCUCAUAACUACCCUCUCUAUUAUCAUCAUCUCCACCGUAGUGGCUAAACCCUCUAUCUCUACUCCCAUAUCUCCAUCUCAAGAUUUUGAUGCUUCCUAUAAGAUGAAAUCCAAGACCUUUUUACCAAAGCUGUAUGGCGAUUACGGGUUUUGGAACCCGACCCCGGUCUAUGGAGGAGGAUUUUACCCGGGGCCAGUUCCUCAUGGUAGUUUAGAUCUAGAACAGAGAGAUGAAAAGACGAAAUAA